GCGGAGCAGGGGCAGGGCACCGCUACCCAUCCCCUCAGGAUUUACCGCUGUUCUUAAUUUUUUUUUUUUUUUAAUUGUGAGGGGGAAAAAUCCUUUAGUUGGGUAUUUUUCCACAUUGGAGGGGUGGGGGCUUCCUGUUUUGGUUUGGGGUUUUUUUUGUUUGGUUUUUUUUUUUUAAUUGAGGUUGAAGCAAAAGUUAGCUACAAAUUCAGAGGAGCUGCUCGAACAUCGGCAGGAUGAACGGGAUGGAAGGUAUCAAUUUUUACGUGCCUAUGUCCAACAAGACAGGGGUGGUGCGAAGCCCCUUCGAGUACCCCCAGUACUACCUAGCUGAGCCCUGGAAAUACCGCACUGUGUGUUGCUACCUCUUCUUCCUCAUCUCUACUGGUUUGCCCAUCAACCUCCUCACCCUCCUGGUCACCUUCAAACACAAGAAGCUCCGACAGCCACUCAACUACAUCUUGGUCAACUUGGCAGUGGCUGACCUCUUCAUGGCCUGUUUUGGCUUCACGGUCACCUUCUACGCUGCCUGGAAUGGCUGCUUCGUCUUCGGCCCCGUUGGCUGUGCUGUGGAGGGCUUCUUCGCCACGCUGGGAGGCCAAGUCGCCCUCUGGUCCCUGGUUGUCUUGGCCAUAGAGCGCUACGUCGUCAUCUGCAAAGCCAUGGAAAACUUCCGCUUCUCCACAACCCACGCCUUGGUGGGCAUCGCUUUUACCUGGAUAAUGGCCCUUUCCUGUGCCGCUCCACCCCUCUUCAGCUGGUCCAGAUACAUACCAGAGGGGAUGCAGUGUUCCUGCGGCCCUGACUACUACACCCACAACGCUGACUACCACAACGAGUCCUACAUCCUCUACAUGUUCAUCAUCCACUUCAUCAUCCCAAUCAUGAUCAUUCUCUUCUCCUAUGGGCGCCUCAUUUGCAAAGUCCGAGAGGCAGCUGCCCAGCAGCAGGAAUCAGCCACAACCCAGAAGGCCGAGAAGGAGGUGACAAGGAUGGUGAUCCUCAUGGUGCUGGGGUUUAUGCUGUCCUGGACACCCUAUGCUGUGGUGGCGUUCUGGAUCUUCACCAACAAGGGAGCGGACUUCACCGCCACGCUCACGGCAGUGCCUGCCUUCUUCUCCAAGAGCUCCUCCCUCUACAAUCCCAUCAUCUAUGUCUUCAUGAACAAACAGUUCCAUCAUUGCAUGAUCACCACAAUCUGCUGCGGCAAGAACCCCUUUGGGGAUGAAGACGUCUCUUCCACCACAGCCCAGGGAAAGACUGAGGUCUCCUCCAUCUCCUCCAGUCAAGUAUCACCUGCAUAGACCACGGACAGUUUGAACUGGGGUGACCCGCUGAGCUCAGGGACCGAGCCAGACACCCACAGUCUCAUUUCAUGUCACUCCCUUGUGCACCAACACCCUCCCUGGCAUGAAAAGUGACCUGUGCACAUACUGCAGUACCUUCCCUGCCUCGGGCAGGCCCCCAGCCCCAGGCACGCUCGCUGGGACACCCCUGCACCCACUGGUGCAAGCUCGGCACACUGAGCUCUGCCACACUGACACAACCCCUUGCAGGGGAGCCCAGCGCCCUUCCCCAGCUCCCAGGAGCUAGUCAGCUUUUGGGGACUGUCCCUACCUUCCCUGAGCACCAGCAAAACCCCCUGCUUUGUUCACAUCGUGUUAAAACAGCAGCAGCCAGUGGGAAACCCCAAACUGCGAUAUUUUUCCUCCCUGCCGCCCUGAAACACUCUCCCCGCUAGCAUCCCCUUUCCCUGGCGCUCAAGGGAGUGUCGCAGAAGUAUUCAGGCCUCGUUUGCAAAAACUAAGUACAUCAACAAAGCACCGUUGCAAAAGCCCCAGAAGCAUAAACCCACGACUGGAGUGGUCCCGACUGCCCCUUGGCAGUGCCCGAGCCUGGGGCUCACCGGAGCCGCGCACCCCGCUGCUGGCACAGCCGAUGGAAAUCAAUACCCGUAGUCUUCAUCAAUCAAUAUAACAAAUGGAGCUGUGAGCAGCCUCCGCUUCAAGCCCGACUCCCUGUAUACCCAAGACAACCCUGUAGAUAUAUUUUUUUUGUCUUGGAACCUGUAAAUAUUUGCUCACAUACUUUGAAGUCUCUAUCUUUCUCAGCCCUUUUCUUUCUCCUCCUCCUCCUCCUCCCGACUCCAAGACAGAGAAACCAUCUUUCACCUUGGCUCCUGCCAGCUGGACACGCACGGCCAACCUUGGAGGGUGGGACUGGUACCCGAGCACUUUCCUGUACGUAUUUUAUAAAUAAAUAAUAUCGUGUCAGCACAAGGACUUCUACGGUCAAGAAGUAGGGAUUAAAGAAAUAAACAGAAGCAGCACAGAGAAAAUUACAGAUGCUCA